AUGCGUAAAACAUUUAUUAAUGCAUCUAGCGAAACGCAUCAUUCAUUAGAUCUGGGACCAGAGGAAACAACUACUUCAUUAGGGUUGAAUUGGUGUCCGAAUAGCGAUAAUUUGUUGUUUUUAAAUAAAUUACUAAAAUCCAGUCGCUCCGAUACAAAACGUGAAUUAUUGUCUACUCUUAAUAGCGUUUUCGAUCCUUUGGGAUUUUUAGGUCUUGUACUUAUUCGUGGUAAGGUGUUCCUCCAAGAACUUUGGCAGUUAAAACUGGGUUGGGACGACAAACUACCAGUUCAUAUUCAAAACCGGUGGCAGUUAUUUAUUGAAGAUUUGAAGAAAUUGGAUAGAUUGAAAAUUCCACGUGCCGCAAGGAUAAACUAUACAGGUCCAAUUGAGCUUCAUGGUUUUUGCGAUGCCUCUCAAAUAGCUUUUGGUGCAUGUGUUUACUUGCGUCAGCGUAUUGACGCAAAUACAUACCAGAUGCGACUUUUGUGCGCCAAAUCUCGCGUAGCACCAACAAAAACACUGACAAUUCCACGUUUGGAACUAUCUGGUGCUGUUCUUCUGUCUGAGUUAAUGCAUCGGGUGUCCGAGGUAACAAAUAUAACAUUUGAUAAUAUGAUUUGUUGGUGUGAUUCUACAGUAGUAUUAUCAUGGAUUCGUGGCGUUCCUGCUCAAUGGAAAACCUUUGUUAGAAAUCGUGUGUCUCAGAUCGUUGAUGCAGUUGGUGUUCGAUGUUGGCGUCACAUUGAUACAAAUUAUAACUCGGCUGAUCAUUUAUCUCGUGGUGUAACCACUGAUGGAUUGAUUAAUUUAAAUAUUUGGUGGUCAGGGCCUGACUUUUUAAGAUCUGAUGAGUCUACGUGGCCUUCGUUUGCCGAAAAAGGUCCACUGCAAGUGAUAGAAAUCCAGCAAGCCGAAGAUGUGUGGGUGCGCUAUGCACAGCGUGAUUUAUUUAACGAUGAAAUUAAAAUAUUAACGGAAGGCGGGGUUGUUACUAAAGGUCCAUUGAAGGGAUUAUCACCGUAUAUGGAUAAAGAUAUUCUGCGUGUAGGAGGACGUUUAGAGCACUCGAACGAGCCAUUUUCUCAAAAACAACCUGCGUUGUUACCUCGGCCACAAGGAUUGCUGGCCAAUGUUCGAAUGAAAUUUUGGCCACUACGGGGCCGUGAUGUAGUUCGCCGUAUUUUCAAUCGAUGUCAACGGUGUUUUCGAGCUAAACCCAUUCCAUUGCAGCCUAUUAUGGGACAACUACCAGCUGCCCGUGUAUGUGUAAAUAGGCCUUUUACACAUACAGGUGUGGAUUUUGCAGGGCCAUUGUUAAUUCGCGUGGGUAUACGUCGUGCAGCUCCAAUCAAGGCCUACGUUGCUGUUUUUGUUUGUUUAGCUACCAAAGCCGUUCAUCUCGAACCUGUGAGCAGUCUCAACUCUGAUGCUUUUAUGGCUUGCUUACGUAGAUUUAUGUCAAGAAGGGGAAUGCCUUCUCAUAUUUGGUCGGACAAUGGUACAAACUUCAUUGGAGUUCAACGCGAAUUAAAACAAUAUUUUCUACCUCAAAAUACUGGUCGUACUAUUCCUGAGAAUCUUAUUUCUGACGGAAUACAAUGGACGUUCAUGCCACCAGGAGCUCCCCAUUUCGGUGGAUUGUGGGAAGCAGCGGUUAAGUCUUUUAAGCAUCAUUUGUUUCGCACCGUUACGAAUACAAAUUUAAACUUCGAAGAACUGUGUACUAUAUUAACUCAAAUCGAAGCAUGCUUGAAUUCAAGACCUCUAACUGCAUUGUCUUCUGACCCAUCAGAUCAUCGUGCGUUAACGCCUAAUCAUUUUCGUAUUGGAGGUUCUUCGCAGCCUUCCCCCGAGCCUGAUGUAACUGAUGUUCCUGAUCAACGACUAAAAAAAUGGAUGCUACUUCAGAAAUUGAUACAAGGAUUUUGGCACAGAUGGAGAACAGAAUAUUUAUCUCCUAUACAAGGGCGGCAAAAAUGGUUGAAGAAUUCAACAGAAAUUCAAUCGGGUGCAUUAGUUAUAUUAGUUGAAGAUAAUUUGCCACCCCGAAGUUGGCGGUCAGUUCGUAUUCAUGCUCUUCACCCAGGGACGGAUGGUAUCACCCGAGUUGCUACAGUUCGAACUUCAAGUGGCUCUUUAAUGAAACGACCGUUAACAAAGUUGUGUCCUUUACCGGAAAGUUAUAUAGUUGAUUGA